UCUCGUCGGGAAAGAGAGCGACAACUCGCGCCGAGCUGUCAUCUACCCCAGUUGUAUUUUUUUUUCGUAGUUCUUCCACAUUUCACUUCCAUGCCAGGAAUAAGAUCCUAUUGAGAUUAUCAUGGCGUGUUUAAACACCCUCAAGCAGGAAAUACGGGUAUUGGAGAACGCUUUUCCCAAAACAGACGAGCUGUUCCAAGUGGUGGCGGCCAGUGUUGACGAAUUAACCUGUCGAUUUAUUUCCAAAACGGGCAAGAAAUAUGACAUUCACGCCAAUAUCACAGAAACUUACCCACACUCCCCUCCAGUCUGGUUUGCAGAGACUGAAGACACAAAUGUUACCAAUGCUAUUGAGCGACUCAGUAACACCAGCGGUAGAGAUAAUCACGUGUUACAGCAGGUGAAGCUGCUUCUGCGGGAGUUAUGUGCAGCAUAUGGAAUGGAGGAACCACCCGACCUGGAAGAGAGACUGGAUUUAGUUUCAGUUCCGCAGGUCAUCAACGGCAGUGACGUUAUUGACCAUCAUGAAGAAUAUGAAGACUCAGAGAUGGAAGAAGAGGAAGAAGACAUGGAAGAAGAUAUCCAUUUAGAAAUGGAGGACAAUUCUUCAUCACAUGCUGCUCAGAAAGAUGAAGGCAUUGACCCAGGCAACCUAGCCACUCUGGACCGGUUGAAGGCAAACCAGCGGCAAGAUUAUCUCCGGGGGUCUAUAUCUGGUAGUGUGCAGGCUACUGACCGCCUCAUGAAGGAGCUCAGGGACAUUUACCGCUCAGAUAGCUUCAAGAAAGGAGUGUACAGCGUGGAAUUAGUAAACGACAGUCUUUAUGAAUGGAAUGUGAAGCUUCUGAUAGUGGACUCAGAUUCACCACUCCACAAUGACAUGGUGCUGCUCAAGGAGAAAGAAGGGACAGAUCACAUUCUCUUCAACUUCCAUUUCAAGGAGAUGUAUCCUUUUGAGCCACCAUUUGUACGUGUUGUCCACCCAGUCAUCAGUGGGGGAUACGUGCUGGUUGGUGGUGCCAUCUGUAUGGAACUUCUCACAAAACAGGGCUGGAGCUCAGCGUAUACCAUUGAGGCUGUGAUCAUGCAGAUUGCGGCAACACUGGUUAAGGGUAAAGCAAGAAUCCAGUUUGGGGCAAAUAAAGCAGGCAAAGUUAGUGGUCAGUACAGUUUGGCCCGGGCACAGCAGUCAUUCAAGUCACUUGUACAGAUUCAUGAAAAAAAUGGAUGGUUCACACCACCAAAAGAGGAUGGGUAAGUGAGAUGGAAGAAUAGUUGGUGUCCCUUUACCCUUGUUCCCCAUCCUGUCCACCCCUACCCUAACCCAUCCCCUCAUCCCACUCUGGCUGUUUAGCAGCCUCUUCCACCACCUCCACCUCUUUUUGACUUCAUCUCCACUUCCUCAUGGUAACUCGUCUUCGCAUCAACACCUGGAAGCUGAGGUCCUGUUUUCUCAACACGCAAUGCGACAAGAUUAGUGGAUGCAAGGUCUGCUUGCUUUGGAUUGUGUGUGGGCUCCAAUGUAAGACUUAUUUGUGUGAAGGGGCUUUCAGAAAUUUUCUCGGGUCACUGCUUUCUUUUCUAGGUCCACAAACUUAGCUUUGUUUUCCUAAGGUAAGUUUGGCCUUUGAGAUCUCUGAGUAAUCCCCCUUUGUUUGGUCAAAAAACUGAGCCAUGUAGAGGCAAGCAGGGUUUGCAGUAAGCCAUUCAUCUCACCCCUGCAUUUUGAGUGGUUUAUACUUAACAUAUUAUGACAUUUAUAAAGCAUGGUACCAUCUGUGGACUGGUAUUUGCUAGUUAUCUGUAGGUCAAAGGAAGCUAGCAAUGUCACACUUACUUUUUAUGGGGAAAAUUUGUGGUUGGUCUGUGAUAAAUAAAGGAUGGCUUUUUUUUUUCUGCUUAAUUUGUUAAAUGGUACAUCAUACCUUUAAUACUAAAAAAUAUAUUUCAUGAAUAAUUUGUGAAAACUGACUAUUGCAAGAUGGGUUUGUGUUUCAAGUUGUGAAAACUAGAGCAAGCUUGAAUGUUUAUUGUAUUUUUUAUGAGUUUGCUGCUAGUACUACUGUUAGGUGCGAAAUGCAAGUGUGUUUUACAUUUCUUAUGCAAUUUUAAUAUUUUCUUAUUUUCUUUCAUUUAUCAUUCAUGAAUAUCUUCGAAAUAGUCAUUAAAUCAUCACAACUGCUUUGUCAUAAGUAAUUUCUCUCACUUGGCAAAGAGAGUUAUAUCAUCUUUAACUUUUCCUUCUAUCAUAUUAUCAGGUUUUAUUCAGUUAAGUUCUUAAAUUUGUGUGGCAUCAUUAAAAAAUUAUUCACAAAAGAGCUAUUGGCAUUGGUCAAGAGGGCAUCAGUGUUAGGUAUGUGUACGUGAGGAAGUCUUUGGAGGAUAAGGAGCAAAUGGUACAAGUUGGAAAGGCACAUUUGUAGAAAAAUUACAAUCAAGAGAUGGUUAUGAAAGUAUAUUAUAUACGCCAGUCUUUUAUAUAAAGGCGAGCCGGUUCAUCAUCAUCAUCCUCUUCCGAUGUUCAUUAGUAGUAAUUUUGCAGUGCAUGAAAUUAAAUCAUCUCAGGUUGGCUGUGUAAUCAAAAUAAUGAACUUGCUUGAAUUGACUUUUUAUUGACGAGUAAUUUAUUAGGAAGAAGUGAAAUUAUCAAGCCAAUGACUCUUAAUAAAUAUAAUAAUAACUUGCUUGAACUGACUUUUUAUUGAGUAAUUUAUUAGGAAGAAAUGAGAUUGUCAAUGAUUUUUUUUUUUUAAGCUGCUUAAGUACUGUAGUUGCCAUUUACACUAUGAAUUUUCUUAAUUUCAAGAAGUAUAAUAAAUGAGGUUGAAUUGCAAUUGGUAAGGAGAACCAACAUCAUUUUAUAGUUUCGGUGGACUAAUUGUGUUUCUUCCUCGGUAAAAUAAGCAAGUUGGACACCUGUUCAAUGAUCUUUUAUUUCAAAUUGUGUGAUGAAAAGUGGUUAGGAAAAUAGUAUGCUAACAAAAUCAGUUUCUGGAUGAUGCAAUAACUUGAAAUCAAGGAUAUAUUUUCGGGUUGAAGAUUUUUUGAGCAUUAAAAAAGUCUUUGUUAGUUUUAUGAUUCUUGAUUCUGACAUUAACAAAAGUGUGGUGGGGAAAAAAAAUAAACUGGCUCUGCAAGUCUGAAUGUACACAGCCUGAAAUUAUCGUCCAUCUGCUCGAACAUUAUAAGUAUCUUGGCUAGUUCUCACCAAGUUUCUAUUGAUGACUGCAAAAUUUUUCAGGUUAUUUGUUGUUCCUUCCUUUCCCAACUACAGAAACCAGAGAUCAGUAUAUAAUGGGGAUAAAAGAAAAACAUAAACAGCCCACAUAAGAAACAUUGUGUUACUUAGAAGAUUUUAAAGUUAAGAUCAGCCUGUGUUUGAAUGGUGAAGUCACACUUGCACAAGAGAUGAAUUGAUUUGUUCUGCCAAGAGAAGUUGUCAAAAUAUGUUGUUGGUGCAAUAUCUUUUGGGCUGAAGUCUUUUUCUUGUUGAAGAGAGCCUAAAGUUGUCUGAGGAUUGUGAAAUUUGCCCUAUUCUUCAAGAUACACAGCUUCAAGAACUGUUUAAAGAUUCCUCACACUGGUAUCUCAAGAUUAGGAUGUUGUAGCCCACAUGUUUUUAUUGGAAGUGGGAUAUUUUUUUUUUUAUUAUUCAGUAUGGAUAAGUGUUAGGUCAUAAUAACAAUAAAAAUGAUUCCUAAUUAAGACAUUUUAA